AUGGUAGAGCAGGGCUCAUGCACUGGGGAAGCCCCCGUACCCCGGUACCGGUCGCCUGUGAAGAGCCAGGCUGUAGCUGCCAGGACUGCAGGGGGCUGGUCGGGCUCCCCAUGGCAUAAUCUGGGUAGUGAACUUGGCCUUUACCAAGGCACAGAUGGAAGUCCGGACUACAUUGCCACACAGGGACCCCUGCCUCACACCUUGCUAAACUUCUGGUUCCUGAAUUAGGAGUUUGGGGUUAAGAUGAGAGAGAUGUGGCUGAAUGCAGAUAUCAUGCUCAGGACCCUCCAGAUCACCUUCCAGAAGGUACUAAAAGGGGAGGAAGAGCUGCAGUAUGUGUUCUGGCCAAACAGAGGGCUCCACAGCUAUCCUGACUGUAUUUUCGCCAUGGUGGAGGAUCGUUACCUCCAGGGAUCUGGCCCCAGCCCCCUCUGUGUCCACUGAAGCAUGGGAUGUGGAUAAACAGGUGUCCUUUGUACUAUGGAUUAUGUGAAACAGUUGCUCCUGACCCAGGUACAAUGAGGGCAUACGCUCCCACCUAACUUCAGCCUCUCAGACCUGGUCCUCCCAAAGUGGUAGCAGCAGCCUGCAGUUGUGCAGGCAGAGCGCAGGUACAAUUUCCUGUACCAUGCUGUGGUUCAGAUGGUCUUCUCAGAACUCCAAAACUUGAGUCCCCAUUCCCAGAACCUCCAGGCAGUACCAAGGCGCCCUUUCAAUCCACCAACACCAUCAGACCAAGAUCCAGAGCACAGGUGCAUGACCACCACCAUCACACAUCCAGCUUCUGGUCUCCUUUUAGGAGCAGGGACUAACUCACUAUGGCCUCCCUCCCAAACCCUCCCUCCCCCAGGCGAGCUGUUUCACUUCCUCCCGAACUCCCCUCAGGCAGGAGUAUCUCAGUGCCCCACAGCCUUCGCCAUGGCUGAUACAUAUGCGGUGGUGCAGAAGCGCAGGGCUACUUCUGGCCCCGGGUCAGGGUCUGGGGCAUGCAGCACGGAGGGGGCACCGCUCUACAGCCAUGUGACGCCAGGCACCCGCUGGCCGCAGGCACCCACAGAGGAGGGGGCACAACUGGGCGGUGUUCCUGCUGACCCGAGCCCUGCUGGGCCUGGCACAUACGAGGACGUGGCUGGUGGAUCUCAGACCAGUGGUCUAGGUUUCAACCUGCGCAUUGGGAGGCCUAAAGGGCCCCGGGACCCUCCUGCGGAGUGGACCCGGGUGUGAAUGCUGCGCCCAGCCUGCCUGCUACCCCACAUGGGUGCCUGGACUGCUGAAGGUUGUGCUCUGCUUUGUGAAGUGUUGGGAAUGGAAACACUGGGCCUGGAUCAAAAUAAAAUUUCUCAGAGUGGGAAAAGUGGGGGUUUUGUCCCAGUAACUAUAGCAUUCAAGGCUUGAGGUGGUAGCUGGGAGAUAAUG